CAAACUCGGUUUCGAUUUGAGGAUAGGCACCAGUUUGCCUGUCCUAACAAAUUACACAUUCUUCUCUCGAUCACUCUCCAAGAAGCCUCGCAAGUCUGAUCAUCAAAGCAAGGUGUUUGAAUCAGCCGAUCAUGCUGUAGCAGAUCUUGUUGGAGACUCUAUGCUUCUUUCAGGAGGUUUUGGACUCUGUGGCACACCUGAUACAUUAAUCCAAGCUCUAGCCAAGCGUCCAGAAGUCAAAAAUCUCACAGCCGUUUCUAACAAUGCUGGUGUUGAUCAUUACGGUCUUGGAACUUUACUUCAUUCGGGUCAGAUCAGCAAAAUGAUUAGCUCUUAUAUCGGUGCGAACAAGCAUUUUGAAAACCUUUACCUUACUGGAAAAAUAUCAUUAGAACUCAACCCACAAGGUACUCUCGCAGAGAGAUGUCGAGCGGGAAGCGCUGGUAUACCCGCAUUUUAUACCCCUACCGGAUUUGGAACACCCGUACAAACUGGUAUGAUACCCAUCAAAUACAACCCUCAGGACCCCUCAAAGGUUGAGAUCCCAGGGAAGCCUAGGGAGGUACGAAGGUUUGAUGGUCGUGAUUACUUACUUGAAGAAGCCAUCAAAGCAGAUUACGCAUUUGUACACGUUUGGAAAGCCGAUAAGUUAGGAAACUGUGUCUUUCGAUAUGCUGCCCAAAACUUUAGUGGUGUGAUGGCACGAAACGCAAAGUUGACGAUUGUCGAAGCUGAGCAUAUUGUUGAGCCUGGUGAAAUUGAUCCAGGACAAGUGCAUCUGCCCGGAAUCUUUGUUGAUCGAAUCGUACCAGCCACAGCUGAAAAAAGAGUGGAGAAAGUGGUGUUAAGAUCGGAACCAGAGCCAAUGACUAACAGUUCACCAUCUAAGGAAACCAACCAAAAUUCUUCACAACAAAAACGAGAAUUGAUUGUUCGCCGCGCCGCGAAAGAACUCAAAGAUGGGAUGUAUGUCAACUUGGGUAUCGGAAUGCCUAUGCUUGCUCCAGCCUUUUUACCACCUGGUACACAUGUACAUAUCCAUAGUGAGAAUGGGAUAAUAGGCAUGGGACCUUAUCCAACUCCUGAACAAGUUGAUCCAGACAUCGUCAACGCUGGAAAAGAGACGGUGACCUUACUACCAGGAGCGUCUACAUUUGACUCGGCAGAAUCCUUUGCGAUGAUCCGAGGAGGACACGUGGAUGUAUCGAUCCUAGGAGCUAUGCAAGUCUCGAGCUCAGGAGAUCUAGCUAACUUUAUGAUCCCUGGUAAAAGUGUGAAAGGAAUGGGAGGAGCCAUGGAUUUGGUUUCAAACCCAGAUGCUACAAAGGUAGUGAUUGUCAUGGAUCAUUGUGAUAAAUAUGGUAAGAGUAAGAUUUUAGAGAAAUGUGAUUUGCCUUUGACGGGUACACGUUGUGUGAGCCAGAUCAUCACAGAUUUGGCUGUCUUUGACAUUGAUCGAGCGGCUGGUCAGAUGUGGUUAAGUGAACUUCAACCGGGCGUGAGCUUAGAAGAAGUUAGAGAAAAGACUUCUGCUCCAUUUGAGUUAGGUAGUGGAUUGAAAUGAAGUGAAUUGUGUGUGCAGUUGUUAUGACUUGUUUGUAAAUGUACCCAUCAGUUUUUUUGUAUUAGGCUUAACAGAGUUGUUUACAAGCAGUAUCAUUCCCUCUUGCU